UUUUAGCUGGGGAGCUGUCUAUUCAGCGCUGGUUCUGAAAUCCCAACAAAGAUGGCUGAGAGGGAAACUAGAAGACCAUUUUAACGCGCGGACACCUCCUCUUUAUCUUUUAAACAUCGACGGGAGGACCUCGGCGCUCACCGUCAAGCAAAGUGUGAAGAAAUUCCCACUCAUGUGUUGCGUCGCGACGCACGUCGGGCCGCGGUGGUGGUGGCGGUGGUGCUGCUGCUGUUAGGCGGACGUGUCACAUCUUCCUCGCCGCUUCGAGAGCGGCGUUUGACGGUCACUGGGAAAGUAGCAAAGAGGCCCUCUCGAGAGAUGUCCUUGCUGUGUGUUGGAGUGAAAAAAGCCAAGCUCGAUGGACCCCAAGAAAAAUUCAACACUUACGUGACCCUGAAGGUGCAGAAUGUCAAGAGCACCACCAUCGCCGUGCGCGGCAGUCAGCCGUGCUGGGAGCAGGACUUUAUGUUUGAGAUAAACCGGCUGGACCUGGGCCUGGCAGUAGAGGUGUGGAAUAAAGGCUUAAUCUGGGACACCAUGGUGGGCACUUUAUGGAUUCCACUGAGUAGCAUCCGGCAAUCCAAUGAGGAUGGUCCGGGUCAAUGGCUCACGUUGGAUUCCAACGUGAUCAUGUCUGAAAAUGAAAUCUGCGGCACCAAAGAUCCGACCUUUCACAGGUUGCUGCUGGACACACGAUUUGAACUGCCACUAGACAUUCCAGAAGAAGAAGCACGAUACUGGGCCAAGAAGCUCGAGCAACUCAAUGCCAUGAGAGACCGAGAUUAUGCCGACCAAGAGCAGCAAGAGAGGCCUCUCCAGGCACCGUCCACGCAGUGCUGUAAUUGGAGUCUAUGGGGAGAUCAGCAAAAUGACGACCCGGAUAGCGCCGUGGACGACAGGGACAGCGACUACCGCAGCGAGACCAGUAACAGCAUCCCGCCUCCCUUCUACACCACGUCUCAACCCAACGCCUCCAUGCACCAGUAUCCCAUCAGGCAGCAGCACUACAGACUACAGUAUGAUGACGACAUCCAGGACAUGGACUAUGACCACGGGGACAUGAGACCCUAUGAUAGUUUAGACUUGGCCACCAACGGGUGCAGCGAUAUCGACUCAGGCUCAGGGUCGAGCCGGCGUACCAGUCGUCAGUAUUCUCUAGACAGUAGGCUGUCCGAUAGUCCAACAGACAGCCGCUAUGCCUCAUCGGGCGAACUGAGCCGAGGCAGUUCCCAACUCAGCGAGGAGUUCAUUCCCGAGGACGGCGAGAGCUUACGAGGCUCCGAGUUCUACGACGAAAACGACUCGUACCAUUCCUGCCACUCGUCUAUCAGUUACGGCAAGGAGGACCUCCCGGGAUGGGACGGGGAUGACCAGCAGGGCGUCUACAGCGACGAGGGGAGCUACGUUAAAGACGGCGGUGAAGACGGAGCGCUCUAUGGCGACGAGGAGGGCGAGAUGUACGAAGAGCGAGGGGGGUACAACUAUGAAGAUGAGGAGGAGAUGCCGUACGAGGAAGAUAUAUACCCCAUGGACGGGGUUGUCACUGAGGAGCAGGAGCCGCCUUACACCCCCACGAGCACCGCUGCCACUCUCGCUCCUCCAUCUGACACCGUGUCCUCCAGCAGGCCUCCACUAGAAAAGCAAACAUCUUUACAUCAGCAGCAACCUCCUGAACAACUGCAACCUUCAAGCACCGCCCCGGUCCUGCCUCCUCUCAAACCAGAUGACACUUCAGCCCCUUUCACGUCCGACUUCACCGACGUUCCCUUUGAAUCUGGCCAGCAAGACUUCUUCACCACCACCACUACCAUCAAUAGCACCACCACCACCACCACCACUAUAUCACAUAUUCCAGAAUCUGAUACCAAGUUCCAGGAACCUGAGCCAACACCCGAGGUGCCUCUUGAGGAGCUGCCGUCACCACCGGAACAACUUCCAGAUGAGGAGAUCAUCCCCCCGCCCCCUGAGGAGAAAACAGAGGAGCCUCCUGUCCCCAGCUUCCCAAAAAGGGAACUCAUGGAACCGGGUCCUGCCAGAGCCAAAGCCAACUGGCUCCGAUUGUUCAGUAGAGUCCGACUGCAGUUACAAGAGGCCCGAGGCGAGAGCGUCGGCAUCGCCUCUCUGCUGUUAUCAGCGGGGAUGGGCGGUGCUCUUUAUAGUAUCGACAGCAUGCCAGACCUCAGGAAGAGGAAAGCAAUGCCUCUGGUCAGAGAUCUGGCUAUGUCAUUGGUCCAGAACUCCAGGAAGGCCGGUAUCACCUCAGCCUUGACGUCCAGCACCUUGCAUAAUGAAGAGCUGAAGAGUCACGUCUACAAGAAGACCCUGCAAGCUCUCAUCUAUCCCAUCUCCUGUACCACCCCACACAAUUUCGAGGUGUGGACCGCUACCACGCCCACUUACUGCUACGAGUGUGAGGGUCUGCUUUGGGGUAUCGCUCGCCAGGGCAUGCGCUGCACUGAGUGCGGCGUCAAAUGUCACGAGAAGUGCCAAGAUCUGCUCAACGCCGACUGUCUGCAAAGAGCGGCCGAGAAGAGCUCAAAACACGGCGCGGAGGACCGCACUCAAAACAUUAUCAUGGUCCUCAAAGACCGCAUGAAAAUCCGCGAGAGGAACAAACCGGAGAUUUUCGAACUCAUCCAAGAGGUCUUCACCGUCCCCAAGGCCACGCACGGCACCCAGAUGAAGCAGAUCAAACAAAGCGUGCUCGACGGUACAUCCAAAUGGUCGGCCAAGAUCUGCAUCACGGUCUUAUGUGCGCAAGGUUUACAAGCAAAGGAUAAAACCGGCUCCAGUGAUCCCUACGUCACAGUCCAGGUGGGAAAAACCAAAAAGAGGACCAAAACCAUCUACGGCAACCUCAAUCCUGUCUGGGAGGAGACCUUCAAUUUUGAAUGCCACAACUCCUCCGACCGCAUCAAGGUGCGAGUUUGGGACGAGGACGACGACAUCAAAUCCCGCGUGAAGCAGAAGUUCAAACGAGAGUCGGACGACUUCCUCGGGCAAACCAUCAUCGAGGUCCGCACUCUGAGCGGAGAGAUGGACGUGUGGUACAACCUAGACAAGCGCACGGACAAAUCGGCCGUGUCCGGGGCGAUCCGGAUGCACAUCAAUGUGGAGAUUAAGGGCGAGGAGACGGUCGCUCCUUAUCACGUUCAGUACACGUGUUUGCAUGAAAACCUUUUCCACUUUGUGACAGACAUCCAGAACACGGGUGUGGUGAAAAUCCCCGACGCCAAAGGAGAUGACGCGUGGAAAGUUUACUUUGAGGAGACACCUCAGGAGAUAGUGGAUGAGUUUGCCAUGCGUUACGGAGUGGAGUCCAUCUACCAAGCCAUGACUCACUUUGCCUGCUUAUCAUCAAAGUACAUGUGCCCGGGCGUGCCUGCGGUGAUGAGCACCCUGCUGGCCAACAUCAAUGCCUACUACGCUCACACCACCCAGGCUGCUAACAACGUCUCUGCCUCAGACCGCUUUGCUGCGUCCAACUUCGGGAAAGAACGAUUCGUCAAACUUCUCGAUCAGCUUCACAAUUCCUUGAGGAUCGACCUGUCCAUGUACCGAAACAACUUCCCAGCGAGCAGUCCCGAGAGGCUGCAGGAUCUAAAGUCCACGGUGGACCUCCUCACCAGUAUCACCUUCUUCAGGAUGAAGGUCCAAGAGCUUCAGUCUCCACCCAGAGCGAGCCAGGUGGUAAAAGACUGCGUCAAAGCCUGUCUCAACUCCACUUACGAAUACAUCUUCAACAACUGCCAUGAGCUCUACAGCCGCGAGUACCAGACAGACCCGGCUAAGCAGGGUGCAGUACCUCCAGAGGAACAAGGACCUAGCAUCAAGAACCUCGACUUCUGGUCCAAACUCAUCACCCUCAUUGUCUCCAUCAUCGAGGAAGACAAGAAUUCCUACACCCCCUGCCUCAACCAAUUCCCUCAGGAGCUCAAUGUGGGUAAAAUCAGCGCUGAAGUGAUGUGGAACCUGUUUGCUCAGGACAUGAAAUAUGCAAUGGAGGAACACGAGAAAAACCGCUUGUGCAAGAGUGCCGAUUACAUGAACCUGCACUUCAAGGUCAAGUGGCUUUACAACGAAUAUUGCAAAGACUUGCCUUUCUUCAAGAGCAGAGUUCCUGAGUACCCUGCGUGGUUUGAGCCUUUUGUGAUCCAGUGGCUGGAUGAAAACGAGGAAGUUUCUCGCGACUUCCAACACGGCGCUUUGGAGAGAGACAAGAAAGAUGGGUUCCAGGUCACAUCAGAGCAUGCGUUGUUCUCCUGUUCUGUCGUGGAUGUAUUUUCCCAGCUCAACCAGAGUUUUGAGAUCAUCAGGAAAUUAGAGUGUCCGGAUCCGCAAAUCGUUGGACAUUACAUGAAACGAUUUGCGAAGACGAUCAGCAAUGUACUUUUGUCAUACGCUGACAUCAUCUCGAAAUUGUUUGCCAAUUACGUCACUAUGGAGAAAGUGCCCUGCAUCCUUAUCAACAACAUCCAACAGUUGAGAGUGCAACUGGAGAAGAUGUUUGAGGCUAUGGGUGGAAAAGAUCUUUGUAUCGAGGCCAGCGACAUCCUGAAGGACUUGCAAGUCAAACUCAACAAUGUCAUGGAUGACCUCAGUCGAGUCUUCUCCGUCAGUUUCCAGCCUCACAUUGAGGAGAACGUGAAGCAGAUGGGCGACAUCUUGGCGCAGGUAAAAGGAACGUCAAAUGUCGGCAAUGCCAGCAGCGUGGCCCAAGAUGCCGACAACGUCCUGCAACCCAUCAUGGAGUUCCUGGACAGCAACCUGACUCUGUUUGCUAAAAUCUGCGAGAAGACGGUGUUGAAGCGCGUGCUGAAGGAACUGUGGAAGCUGGUGAUGAACACCAUGGAGAAGACGAUUGUUCUGCCGCCGCUCACCGAUCAAACGGGGAGGCUGAAGAGCGCUUCUCACAGCGACGGUACUCAGCUCAUCUUUAACGCUGCCAAGGAGCUGGGUCAACUGUCCAAGCUGAAGGAGCACAUGGUUCGCGAAGAAGCCAAAGCUCUCACGCCCAAGCAGUGUGCAGUCAUAGAACUGGCCCUGGACACCAUCAAGCAAUAUUUCCACGCCGGUGGCGUCGGUCUAAAGAAGACGUUCCUGGAGAAGAGCCCUGACCUUCUGUCGCUUCACUACGCCUUGUCCCUCUACACGCAGGCCACAGACAAACUCAUUAAGACCUUUGUCCAGUCACAGAAUGCACAAGUGUUCGGCGGCAAGGGGGUGCGCUUCACCGCUAGUGAGGAUGUUUACCCAGAGAGGGGCUCCGGUGUGGACGACGCCGUGGGGGAAGUGUCCAUCCACGUGGAGAUCUUCACUCACCCCAACACUGGCGAGCACAAAGUCACUGUGAAAGUGGUGGCCGCUAACGACCUGAGGUGGCAGACGCAGGGAAUAUUCCGUCCGUUUGUGGAGGUGUUCAUCAUCGGCCCGCACCUCAGCGACAAGAAGCGCAAGUACGCCACCAAGUCCAAGAACAACAGCUGGGCGCCCAAAUACAACGAAACGUUCACUUUCACUCUGAGCAGCGAGGUGGGCCCCGAGUGCUACGAGCUGCAAGUGUGCGUCAAGGACUACUGCUUUGCCCGCGAGGACCGCACGGUGGGCAUGGCCGUGCUGCAGCUGAAGGACAUGGCCUCCAAGGGCAGCGUGGCCUGCUGGCUGCCCCUGGGCAAGCGCAUCCACAUGGACGAGACGGGCCUGACCGUGCUGCGCAUCCUGUCGCAGCGCAACAACGACGACGUGGCCAAGGAGUUCGUCAAGCUCAAGUCGGAUCAGCGCUCGGCCGAGGAAGGCCGCGGCUAACCGCCCCCCCCCCCAACCCUGAUCGUGUUUGGUGAUGUAUAUACGUUCAUUCCGAUGGGGGCGUGUUUAUCAUUAUGGAUCACAUCAGCCAUCUUCGUGGUCAAAUUGAAUCGCGAAGUUUGCGUGUCAAAAAAGUUCCAGGACUAGUGUCGAAAAGUAGAUACGGAGGUACAAUUUGAACACAAAUGGGGGAGUAACUCAAAGGCAUAUAUUCUUUAUCCCCUGUGAGAAUAGACAUUGAGCUAAGUCAAGACACCUAGUCACGGCCAUUUUGAUGUUGUCCACGUCUUCAAAAUGGGUUCCCUCGAUGACCCAGUUGAGCAUGGCCAGGAGAGGAAAAAAAAAAAAACACACGGGAGUUUGCUCCAGCAUGGCAGUCCUUCAUGGCAAGGAACUGUCAGAUGCUCAGGGCAUAGUGAGCAGCCACACACAACUCUCGCCUCUUCUCACACACUCAGGAUCUCUUUGUAGAUGUGCCAGUUGGUCGUCUGACACACACUGAAGGGGCUUUGCGACGCUAGUCCUGGAACUUUUCUGACGCACAUGUUCAUCACGUCAAUCGGCCGCACAGGGUUUUAUAUUUCUUGUGAAAGAAAGUAUGUUGGAUGCCAAACAUUCCAAGGAGGAACUAUGAUAGAAAGAAUCGCAGGGAAGAAAAUGACGGCAGAUGAACACGUCUAAGUGCAACUAUGUUACUAUUGUCUUUCGGAUUAUAUUUCUACAGAUGGAACUCUGAGUCUAAUCAUGAAUCAUACGUGAAGUUCCAGUAUAUUCGGGGAUGAUGUUAGCUGGUGGAACAGAGCACACUGCCUGACACCCUCAAUGCCUUCUGUCUCGUACACCCGCCGCCGUCUUUGUGAUGACAAGUGCACGUGUGUAUGUAGAAAUAUACGAGUGUGUGUUGCCUUACCAGUAAGCAACACAAGCCAAGAUCAUAGCGCGCUUUUCGUGUCUCGGUUUGCUUCGUUUUAUUUGUUACCAGUGUAAACAUUCCAAGUGGAAGGUGCCAAGUAAACACGUGGGUCGUGGCUAUUAUGACACCAAGCACAAUUCAUUGUCAAGUGGGACCGCUGCAAAAAAGGGCUGAAGCUCCCCACUGCACCCGGUCUGCAUCUGACAUGGACCUUGAGGGGUUUGGCUUUUUUCGUUUUUCUCUUUUAGUUACCCGUAGGCCAUGGGUGUCAAACUCCAGUCCUCGGGGGCCGCAUUCCAACAUGUUUUCCGAGAUUCCCUCGUUAAGUGCACCUGUGUGAAAAGUUAGGCUCCUGCAGAACGUGAAAAUGAACUGAUCUUUUCACUCAGGUGUGUUUAACGAGGGUAACUUGGAAAACAUAUUGGAACGCGGCCCCUCGAGGACUGGAGGUGGACACCCCCUGCCGUAGGCCAUACUAAAAUGACCAAACUUUUCUAAUCAGAAGAGCAGGUCAAGUAGUGUCAAGUUUACAGAUCACAUGGUAUCUGCUAUCAAGUCCUGAAAAAGAAGCAGAAGUAUUGGAACAGGUUAGCCAAUUCCAUCUAUUGUGAUUCUUGCCAGUCCAUUAAAAAACUGUAACCAUUACAUUUUGGACAAAAGUAGUUGAGGUCAUAUACAGGGUGUACGUUUUUGGUCUUAUUUGGGCCUGUGAUGAGCUUGAGUUAGGCAGGCCGAGCCUUCUCGUGUUAGAUUGGAACUCUAUGCAUCUGAUCCAUAGAAUCAAAUGUCUUUCAUUUUUUUACAAGAUGUCUCAUAAUGUUUACAUGGUGGAUAUUCCUAUUCUGAUAUCAGCACAAGUGUUGGAUAUAUUGUUUUGGAAAAUAUAUAUGUAAUGUCAAGGGCCAAAUGUUUGCUGCAGCUUUAGUGGGGGUUGAAUUUUAUUUAUUUUUUCCUUUUUAAUCAGAAGAUCUGCGAGAGCUUUAACAAAAUUUCAUGAGUGGGCGUCUGAAGAAAUGUCAUGGACACACAGAAGAAGAAAAAAAAAUUAACUUAGCAUUUAACUCAAAAAACAAUUUUUUUCAGGUCACCAUAUAACUUUAUUCAGGUAAAAAUUUCAGAUUAAUUUGCAAAAUAUUACAAGAAUACAUUCAAUGUAGUGAGGGUAAAAGUUCAAAUAUAUAUAUUUUUUACUUUUUCUUCUUGUCAGUGUGGCUCAAGGAAGGUAAUGAUUGCGUGAAUGUUGCUGUCCUUCACGCACAUGGAAGCGUGUGCGCAUUUACAGGGAUAAAAAUUAGCCGAACAUGUGGACAAUAGCACCAAAUUCAAUGACAUUUUCAGAGGCAUGCAGAGGUUAUGGGAUCGAAGCACAAGCAAAAAAAAGAAAAACAAAAAAAAUUA